AUGCAGGCCCAUGCAGCAUGCCGACGGUCUCCUCCGGCCCCGCCGGUCACUACCAACCACCGGAGCACAACCCCACCAGCGACCUCCGGCCCCCUGUCGGCCCCCAGCCCCGGCCUCCGGCCUCCUGCCGCUGCGGCCCCCGGCGGCUCCGCCUUACCGGCCCCCACUGUCGCAGCGCCUACCGCUGCCCGCAACACCUCAGCCCGCCGCCCACGCUUGCUGGCUCCACUCUACCACUGCUUCCUUGCUGGAGCUCCCCACCGGUGCCGCCGGCCCCCACUGCCGCCAGCCGAAAUCUGCUCCGCUCCACAGCGCCACCGCCGGCGGCUCAUUCGCGUUGCCCGUCCACAGGCCCUCCCGCCACCGAAGCUCCACCCAGCCCAGCCUGGCCACCGGAGCACUAUCCCACCACCGGGGAGCCACCAGGCCACCACCAGAGCACCGCUCCCUGGUCACCUCCGCCCGCCAGAGCCACCAGACUCCCUUUUUUGCCUCUUUCAGGAGGGGUUUUGUUUUUUGGCCGUCUCUUGGGCAUACGAAGUCAUUUUUUUGAAAACGAAUAGGCGUCGGAAAGAUGGUUCCGAGCCAAACCUUUUCAUAUUGGUUAUUUUUUCCAAUUUUGUUGUUUGA